ACACAACAUAGACGAAUACUUUUCUACUUUGGAGCGGCCCUUGACUAUCUCGCCAUGCAACUUCAGCUAAUUCCUCCUGCGCCACACCCGACCGUCCUAUUUUCUUUUACCCUCCCGGAUCUACAAUCUGCUCUACCGCUUCCAGUAGCGUAUGCGGCUCAGCUCCAGCUACUCCUCACCACCGAUGUUGACCCUCCGCCGUCCCCCUAUGCGCUCGACAAGGCGGCGUGGGGCGUAUAUCUCAUGGAGAUGGUCACCUAUGACUUUACCCCACCAACACCACGCGUAGAAGUACGAAUGAUUGAUGGGUCUGUUAUCCGCUGGGAUAUGCAAGGCGAGGAGCAGAUGCUCGCUCGGGUCAUGAUUGACGUCGAGGCUAGCAAGAACGAGGCUGAAAGGGAGCGAAGAGACGAGCUACGCGUAGCUGCUACCGCUUCUGCGUCCUCAAUGUACCUCCCUCUCACCAACGCCGCCUCCCUUUCCUUGUUGGACAAUAACGCUCCAGGGUCGUCCCGCCCCCAACCCCACCGACGAUCAAAAUCCUUAUUCAACUCGUUGUUAUCGGCCUUCAACUUCAACUAUUCGUCUCACGAAAAUGGCCCACCUCCGUAUUUCAUUGGAGGAGGCAGCGGUGGCAACC